AUGCUUCCUCAAAGUAAUCUCUUUACAUCCCACGAUCCCCAAUACCGGCUUCCAUCUCGUGUGCUUUUAGAAACGCAUUCUAUUAUCGCAGGAAUACUCAACAUCUCUGGCCUUCUCAAAUCGAUUGGAAAAACGCUUGAAUAUAUCGACGAAGUUGCUGAGCUGGCAAACAAUGGCGACGUAGUAUCAUCGGUAUUAAACGCUACAGUGCUCUAUGUGCUUGGUUCUGGUUUCAGCGAUGCUGAGCAAGUUCGAAGGGAUGAAUCGCGCAGUGUGUAG